UCAGUUAACUGUGGUUGACUAGAUGGGAUACAGCUUUUGUCAGAAUUGACUUUUCGUAGCAGGUUAGGAGAAUUAGUUUAAUAUUAGGAAAAAGGUCCGAGUUAGCUAAAAUGCCCAAAUAAACACACGUUUGGCGUUAGUUUGACAAAAGCUGUAGCCCUUCUAGCCAUGACCUCUUACUGGGUGAAAGGUGAUGAGAAGCGCUGCAUACCCCACGAGCGGAGCAACAACACAAACUACCGCAAGCGCCUUUCUCUACAGUCUAGUUUAGAAAAUAGCUGCAACAUCAUUUUUAUUUUGAAUGGACGGACGAAGACAACUUUCCACAUAUUGGAAUUUGCAGAAUAUCGCAAAGUACUAAAGUGUUUGUGGGAUUAAGCUGCUUCGAUCGGAUUGAAAACUGAAACGUACCUACAUUCGAGCCGUGAAAACAAUGCAACGGCCUCAGGGGCCAACUAUUUUAUAGCUAGCUAGUGCACUUGUUUCUGCAGUGACAACAUGGCUAACCAGGUGUUUUGGUGCUGUAGGUGACAUGACCAACCAGGUGUCAGACGUUCCCACUGAGCGGACGUUCCAGUACCAGCAUAGCCUGCCUCCUCUCCCUGUACCGUCUCUAGAGGGGAGCCUCGCCAAGUACCUGGAUGCAGUGCGGCCAUUUGCUACAGAGGAGGAGUACCAGGUGACUGCAGCCGUAGUGAAGAGGUUUGGAGAGGGCAUCGGCAAAGACCUGCACCAAAAACUACUGCAGAGAGCCAGGACACGCAGGAACUGGUUGGAGGAGUGGUGGUUGGAUGCAGCCUAUCUGGAAUUGCGUUACCCCUCCCAGUUGAAUGUGAACUUCGGAGGUCCUGCACCCUACCUAGAGCACUGCUGGCCCCCUACAGAGGGAGUACAGCUACAGAGGACCAGCAUAAGCAUGUGGCACACACUACAGUACUGGGACCUGCUUCGCACGGAGAGGCUGGACCCUCAUAAAGCUGGUAAUGUGGUGUUGGAUAUGGACCAGUUCAGAAUGCUGUUCUGUACAUGUAAAGUUCCUGGAGUCACCAAGGAUACCAUCAUCAACUACUUUAAGACAGAGAGCGAGGGUCCAUGCCCCUCCCACGUGGUGGUGAUGUGUAAGGGGCGUUUCUUCUCGUUUGAUGCAGUGUGUGACGGACACAUUCUUACCCCUCCAGAGCUGCUCAGGCAGCUGACCCAUGUGAAGCAGUGUUGUGAGGAGGAGCCUGCAGGUGACGGAAUCGCCGCUCUCACCUCAGAGGAGAGGACACGCUGGGCUAAGGCCAGGGAGUAUCUGAUGGGUAUAGAUCCAGCCAAUAAGACCGUCUUAGAGACCAUCCAGAGCAGUUUGUUUGUGGUUUCACUGGACGAUGCUAAACCCUACGCUACUGCAGAGAACUACACACCAGUGUCCCUGGAGGUGCUGACAGGAGACCCCACCAUCCGCUGGGGAGACAAGUCCUACAACUCCAUCUCCUUUGCCGACGGAACCUUCGGAUCCAUCUGUGACCAUGCCCCAUUUGAAGGCAUGGUGCUGGUAACUCACUGUUACUAUGUGGAUCAGCAGCUCAAAGCUACAGACGGAAAGUGGAAGGGCUCUGAGACAGUGCGACCUAUGCCUCUUCCUGAAGAGAUGGUCUUCACUGUGGAUGACAGAGUCAGGAGUGACGUUGCACAUGCCAAGCAACAGUACUUUGAGACUACUCAGGACUUGCAGGUGGUGUGUUAUGCAUUCACCUCGUUUGGGAAAGCAGCCAUCAAACAGAGGAAGCUCCACCCAGACACCUUCAUACAACUGGCCCUUCAGCUGGCUUAUUACAGACAGCAUGGGAGGUUAGGUAGUUGCUAUGAGACAGCGAUGACGAGAAGGUUCUACCAUGGCAGGACUGAGACCAUGAGGCCCUGUACCCUGGAGGCACAGAACUGGUGCCAUACCAUGCUCCUCCCUGCAGCCAGCGCUGAGGCUAAGAGGAAAGCCCUUCUGCUGGCCUUCAACAAGCACAACAAACUGAUGGCUGAGGCACAGAAUGGAGAAGGUUUUGACAGACAUCUCCUGGGCCUGUACCUGAUCGCCAAGGAGGAGGGACUUCCUAUGCCAGACCUUUUCACUGAUCUACUGUAUUCCAAGAGUGGCGGGGGCGGUAACUUUACCCUGUCCACCAGUCUGGCUGGCUACACCACAGUUCAUGGGGUGGGCGCUCCCAUGGUGCACCAUGGCUACGGGUUCUUCUACCGCAUCAAUGAGGACAGGAUCGUGGCUUCCUGUACAGCGUGGAAGUCCAGUCCAGAGACGGAUGCAGAGACACUGUUCCAGAACCUGGUUACCUCCCUACAUGAGAUGCUACAUCUCGCUACCACAGCGCAGCUCUAACACACACACACACGGAGAGUUUCUAUUAUGUCAUGGCUUUAGAAGCUUCUGAUAGGCUAAUUGACAUCAUUUGAGCCAAUUGGAGGUGUACCUGUGGAUCUACCUAAGUCCUACCUUCAAACUCACUGCCUCUUUGCUUGACAUUGUGGGUAAAUCAAAUGAAAUCAGCCAAGACCUCAGAAAAAUAAUUGUAGACCUCCACAAGUCUGGUUCAUCCUUGGGAGCAAUUUCCAAACGCCUGAAGGUACUACGUUCAUCUGUACAAACAAUAGUACGCAAUUAUAAACACCAUGGGACCACACAGCCAUCAUACUUCUCAGGAAGGAGAUGCGUUCUGUCUCCUAGAGAUGAACGUACUUUGGUGCGAAAAGUGCAAAUCAAUCCCAGAACAACAGCAAAGGACCUUGUGAAGAUGCUGGAGGAAACAGGUACAAAAGUAUCUAUAUCCACAGGAAAAUGAGUCCUAUAUCGACAUAACCUGAAAGGCCGCUCACCAAGGAAGAAGCCACUGCUCCAAAACCGCCAUUAAAAAAGCCAGACUACCGUUUGCAACUGCACAGGGGGACAAAGAUCGUACUUUUUGGAGAAAUGUCCUCUGGUCUGAUGAAACAAAACUAGAACUGCUUGGCCUUAAUGACCAUGUUUGGAGGAAAAAGGGGAAGGCUUGGAAGCCGAAGAACACCAUCCCAACUGUGAAGCACGGGGGUGACAGCAUCAUGUUGUGGGGGUGCUUUGCUGCAGGAGGGACUGGUGCACUUCACAAAAAAGAUGUAAUCAUGAGGCAGGACAAUUAUGUGGAUAUAUUGAAGCAACAUCUCAAGACAUCAGUCAGGAAGUUAAAGCUUGGUCGCAAAUGGGUCUUCCAAAUGGAUGUGAUGAAAUAAAUAAAAGCUGAAAUAAAUCAUUCUUUCUACUAUUAUUCUGACAUUUCACCUUCUUAAAAUAAAGUGGUGAUCCUA